AUCGGCUCAUUGUUGGUCUUGCAGCCACACGGAACGCACCCGGACGCCGCGCCCCUCGUCUGCCCUGCGCUGCCCUGCGCUGCGCCGAACAGUCCAUUCUGGAAAGAAAAUUAUCACCUUCCAGACACGUUGAGGCUAUCCAUCUGCUGCGGCUUGGAGGAAUUGAAUGAAAUAACCACUUUUGGAGAGGAGACGCGGCGAUUCGCUCUUGUUUUUUUUAAAACAGUGAUUGCGACAAUAUCUCACACUGAUAAAUGUUAAGAUGAAAGGAGGAGGAUUUCGACAGCUCGUUCUCUCGUGACGGGAAAAGAUCGUUAGCGAAAGUGGUUAUUGCGUCGAUUUUAAAGUGCAGUGAAGGUUCCUCCUCCUCCUGCACCCCCCCCCCCCCCCUCUUUCCACUUCCCCCUCCAAGAACUCGGGAUCGCUCAGGAAGAAUUGGAAUCAAGACAGAAAGUAAAGAGAAGGAAUCUCUGAAAAUAACCCAAAAUAGACAAAAAUAUGACCGCGUGGCGAACAGGACGCCAAACAGUGUCAUGAGCGAACACUGACUUUUCAAUGGUGACAAGUGACACCUACACAGGAAGCCUUGAACGCCGGAUGAUGAAGGGGUGCCAUUAAGUGCCAUAUGUACUGGCGACUCGGGUGAGAAAUCCUUCACCCCCUCUCUCCCCCCACCUUCCCCCACUACCUGUGCCACGGUGCCACAACCCCUUCACUCCUUCGCUCCCCUCGCGCUCAGCAUGAAGACCCUUCUCUUGGCGACUGUGGGUGUGCUCUGUGUGGUGGGCGUGUCCAGCUACAGCGAAGACCCGGUGCAGUACCACAUCCAAACGGACGAUGGAUCCGAGCGAUACUUCAGGUACCAGACCUACGACGGCCAGUACCGCAAGGAGAAGCGGCUGGACGACGGCACGGUCAUCGGCACAUACGGCUGGGUAGACGCCACGGGCCUCCUGCGCCUCUACGACUACGUCGCCGACCUCAGCGGCUACCGCAUCGUGCGGAAGAAGACCCUGAAGAUGGCCCAGCAGCCGCGAGCACCGGUGACCGAGGCCCCUGUGAGGAGAAAUCCUUCGAGGCCCUCCUCCUUCAGGACACCGAGUCGUGCGAGCGUGAGGGAUCAGCCUGGGUUGUCCGUGUCCGUGGUACGGACCCCCACGCCCAAGCCCUCGUACACCCCGCAGAGGACCUCCCCGAUCAGACGACCUCAGGCGUCGAGAGGGACAGCUUCCACCUCAGGUAAGGCACGCAGGAGAGGAAGCACCCGGUGGGGACGACGACCACAGGCAGCAGCAGCAAACGAGGAAAGGGCGCCGACCCGGGGCACGACCUUCACCCCGAGCAGACGACGCACGACGACCCAGCAGAGCUCGAAGCAGGAAUCGAAACCGCAGAGCGAUGUCCACAGCUUCGGGUUCGGCUCGAAGCUGAGCGGCGGCACUCGAGGCGUUAACAACCUUGGGAAGCAGACUAACCCUGACCUCACCACCACUAACACGGCUGGCGCUUUAGACUCCGGCGACGCCCCUCCGCAGGGCCUUCCCCUAGGAGAGUCUGGGAGUGAGGCGCAGCGGGACCCGGUCACCGUCGGCGACCCCACAGGUAACCCGGCAACCCACGCAAACAGAGGACACGGUGGAACAGCAACCAAACUAACCAGCCACACGACAGCAACACAGGCCAGUGGUGAGGCGGGGACACUAACUCGUAGGCCAGUGAGAGUGGGGAGUUCCUCUCCUCGCCGGCGAACACAGAGCACGAGGGAGCACCUUGUCCAGCGAACGGGUGACCUAUUAAUCGAAAGGACACGUGACCUGGUGACUGAACGACCUGGUGAUAAGGUGACGGAAGCACCUAUUAACGGUCCUAUUAACAGACGCCUGCCCGAAGCAGGAACAUACAGCAUCAAUUACGAUCUGGGCAAUCAGUUCCACAAGGAAAAGAUUUUGCCCGACGGAACGAAAGUCGGCAAACACGGCUACGUAGACCCACUAGGGAUCCUCCGAGUGACCUACUACACGACGGGACCGAACGGGCAUCAGCAGAGUCAAGAGAGCAAGUGGGUUGGUAGCCGCGACCCCUAUCAGGAAUAAAGAUGAACUCUUUUUCUUGUGUAGGAUUAAGUGAGGUUCUAAAGUGUUGAGUGUGAGUUGGUGAGAUUAUGAAGUGAUGGAGAUGAUGGUUUUGUAUUUGGAGUGUAUUGAGCAGGUUGCUAUUUUCGAAAAGAAAGUUAGUAAUGAGCAGAGCCAAGAAUGCGAGUGAUUUUGUGCCGUAUUCGCAACCCUUAUCAGGAUUAAAAACACUUAUUAUUAUCAGGUGAAAUUUAUGAGCUUAAAAAGUGCUGAUUGCAAAUAUAUAUAUAUAUAUAUAUAUAUAUAUAUAUAUAUAUAUAUAUAAAAGAAGUUUGCCGCAAGUGUGUAGAGUGCUUUUCCAGGAAAGAUAGGAAAGAAAAACAUGUUUACCAGUGAUAAUUUUUCCCGGUAUCAAAAAUGCUUCACUUGUGAUGCUUUAAUCUAAUGAACUUUUAGGGUCAUUGAUAUUUUAAGCAGUGACUGUUAUAAUGAGCAAGUGUAGUCCAACGUGCUAUUCUCUUUCUUGAGGUUGGUAUUCUCUGUUGUGAUGAGUCUCACCUCUCGUAUUAUGAACGUUAAGUGUUAAUUUGAAGGAAUUGAUACGUUAUGGUACUGUGUCCAAAACGAAGCGAUUAAGUUGAAAAUAAAAGAAAUGUGUAUGUGUAUGGAAUAAUAUGAUAUUUUGCGAACGUAUGCCCUCCCCCCAACUAUUCAACUAUUUUGAAUCAUAGAGUUAUCAUUCCCUGUUCUUUGACGUUUCUACCGAAAUUCAUCUCGAUUUUAAAAGAAUAUAAUUGAAAGAGGUACUUGCAAGAACACAUUUACAGUUUUGCUUGAUUGCAGAAAGAAAUUGUGCUAUUAUUAUUAAUUUAUUUAUGAACCAGUUUAGAACGCUUUUGUCGUUAGUUUAGCGAAGUUUACCCACAGUUCAUCAGCCAAGCCAUGUACUCUCUUUUUGGAAGUACUAGUACGGACGUAAAACAAAGUAGCAUAUUUUUUUAGACCUAGUUUUAAGCUAUUAACUUAUCCUCUUUUAUAGGACUGAUACAUUUUUUUUGUGUCUUUUUCCUUCAGAGAAUACUCUCUUGAAGGUUAUGUCGUGAGUAAAAAAAAGGUAUUAUGCCGGUAUCCUGUGGUAGGGCAUUUCGCGUGGCAUAAUUUUCUACUGAAUAAAUGGAUUAGUGCAGAACAGGAUUUCUGUAAUUAUGAAACAACAUUUUUACUCUUUCACAUACUCCAGCAUUAGAAUAGCGGUGUAAACACAGAUAACAGUACAAUUAAACCAUUUUAUAUGUGCCAUUUUGACCAUCAACAGAUUCAUAAAUGUAUUAGUCAUAAUCAACUAAAAUCCCUGCUUGUCAAUAAUAGACGGAAAAUGAUCGUCUUUUGUCGUCUUUUGUCUCCGUGGGUUGUAAUAACCAUGAAAUACACUUUUUUUUUAAAUGUGUAUUUUGCAUUUUGGUUUCUGUAAUGUGAUGUAACUAACCUGUCCUUUGUCUUUCUGUGUGUCAAUGCCUAAGUGAGGUUAGGUAUAUAUUCUCGAGUGACUCUGAUAAUGCCCGAGUGUAGACUAGCUUUAAAGUAUACUACAAUGUAUGGUUUCGUGUAACAUACAAGAAUGGAUGACUAACAACUGAACAGAAAGCGCGGAUAUUUAUAUAUUUCGUAAACUUCUUUUUUGUUUUUAAUUAUAAUGAUUGUAGCAUUAUAAACUCAAGAAGUAAAAAUAUUUCCCGGUAUAAAUGUUCGCCUCUAACCUAGGGAGUUCCUGCAAGAAUCUUCUCUUUGUUAGACGUAUGCAAUAUGUUAGAAGAGGCUCGUGUAUACUGUAAAAUAGUUAAGUUGUUGAUGAAAUACAUAUCACGCUCAUCGAUUUGCUUCAGUCGGUGCCUAUUAAAUUUCAGCGCGUUUCAUUUUGAGUAUUUAAAAAGUAUGUUUUUUUUUUUUUUUUUAGAGUAAUUCUAAUGAAGAGUGUCAUUGGUUAUCCUUAAUUGGUGCCUAGCGGUAAAAGCCUCAAAUUAUGUAUUAAGAAAAUUAUAUAAAGAGAAAGUAAUUCAUAAAAACUGAACUAUCCUUAUUAGCUUAAACGUAUUCUGAAAUUCACGCGAAAUUAAAUACACGAAAUGGAUAUUUUUAAAGGUUACAUUAGAAUGAAAUAUAUUUAGCGUCUAAAAGUUUACUUACUGACAAAAGGCCUUUUUUUAAGAUACUUAAUAUUGAGGGAAAACAAGUCAUGAAAACAGCUUAUAGAAUGAUAAACUGAACGAGAUUUUGAAUGAAUGCAUCAACGGUUUCGGUGGAUAUAUUUUAAAAUCCGAAUUAAAAAAUAAUAAUGAUAAAGCAGAUAGCAGUUAAGAUUGAAAUUUUCCAUAUUUUCUCAACAGAAUGAAUCAAUAAUGGUGAAGUAGAGAGUAAAAAGAGAAAAUGCAAUAGUAUUUUAAUUAAUGAGUCGGGAGUGAUACUUAUAUGAUAAUUUUGUAAUGUGGAUGUCAUGAGAUUGCAUUAAUUGUAUCAAUUUUGACGGAGAAAAGGGAGAAAGUUUAUCAUGACAGAUUUAGAAAACUUGCAAAUGAGGAUAAAUAAUUCCACAAAAGGUUGAAUUAAUAUUUCGACAUUUUCAUCUUUAAAAUAUUGAAAGAAAACAAAGGAAGUCUGCAUAGUUCCCAUGUCACUAAUUUUUAAUGAAAUUAUAAUUUUUACUUUUCUAAGUUCAUUUGUCAAAAGAUAGAGUUGGCAAUAAUACAAAUAUUAGUUUAUUGGUGUCAGUGUGUGAAUUUUACGAAAUGACAUUAGAUUUAAAGUAUUUCUACAAUCCUAAUUCAAAAUACACACAAUCUUUCACUACCAAUAAUAAUAAUAAUAACAAUAAAAAAAGGCUUUUAAUAAAUUCUAAAACUAUUUUUCUCAUGCUUCGAUGCAAGACGUUGACAUACUUUCCCGAGUGCUACAUUUAAAAAAUAAACAAAAAUAAAGAAAUAAAAACAGCAGUAGACAAAUGAUAAACAAUCUAACUGCUACAACAGACAAGGUUUACAGAUCCAGGUGAUAGUGAGUUCACGAAAUGAUUUAACUAAUGCAUUCAACGAUCUGUGUAGCUUAGUUCUCGCAGGUGUCAGGCAGGUAAACUACACGUUCACCGUAACCAUUUUUUACUGAUUGUACUAACUCUGUGAUAAUUACUGGCGUUAACUAAAAAUUGUACAAAGUAUUAUACCAAUAAAUCGUAAAUACAUGUGAAA